CGGAUUCUGUAAAACUCAACCUGUCAUCAUCUUUCAUUCGAUAAAUCCCACUCUCCCAAACAUGGCCUAUCCAGCAACCAUGCCCAACGCCCACGCUGCGCCCAACACAAGAGGAUGAUCGAGCUAACAGGCCUCAUUCCAACUCCCAACUUCGGGGCCGCCCUCUUCAAAAAGCUCCUCGGUCUUCUCCACCGUCCUUCACGCACCAAGCCGUCCCUCACAGCCCUCCCCAACAAACUCCUAGUCGAGAUCUUCCAAUACCUCCCACUCAUCGACCAAGCCAGCCUCGCUCUAACCUGCAAAUCCUUCCACUUCAUCUUCAACCACGUCUUCGAGAACGAGCUCUUCCGCUUCCCACGCCUCUACCAGCUCCGACUCCCUCAUCUCUACCCAGACGGCAUCAUCAAGCUCGGCAAGACAAGACAACAAUUUCUCCGCCGCCUCCAGGAUAAACGCGUCCGAUACUGCGCAAAAUGCAUGAAACUGCACCGCCGCGAAACAUUCGCGCACCCGACAUACACCGGGCCCAUGAUCUACAGGGAAUUCUGCUGGACCGAGGCGGGCGUCAUAGACCUAUGCCCCUGUGUGGCCUUGACAAUUCACGAUAAGAACCGCAUCGUGUGCCAUCUGCGGCGCAUGGCAAAGGGUAAACCGGUUGUGCUCAAGGACGGGCUUGAGAGGUUCUUCGUGCUGGGUUCUUGCAGGGGAGUUGUUACUCCGAAUGGACAUGGUUCGUUGGUUUCAGGGCGCGCUCCCACUCACGCUCCGGCUCACGCUCCGGCGCUGGUUCAUUGCUGUGCUGUGUCCAGCCAUGCCUUUGUGGAAGCGCGGAUCAGGACGGUUCUAUAUAUCGGAAGGAAGGGCAUGCUUAUUGCGGAAACGGAUUACGAGGUUUCCACGGAUGCUAGGGUGAUGGAAUGGCAGUUGGAUGAUGAUGGGUUUGCGGAUGCGCACUAUAACUUGCUUUGGGCGAUGAGGACGUCGGAAAUGGGGCUUCUUUUGGGUGGGGAAGGCCACCGCCACGACGACGGGGUGAAAGACAAGAAGCAGGUGUCGUUCAGUGUGAAGAGGAAUCUGGGGAGCUGUGAGUUGCCUGCUGAUGGGCAUUGGUCUAAGCAGGACCGACUGAUGAGUCCGUCGUAUGUGCGGCUAAUGCAUGCUUAUGAGAACUGAACUUGCCCGUAUUAUAGUCGAUAUUCCGAAUGGGAUGAUCAAGGAUUCCAAGUUGGAGGAAAUAACAAGAAUGUGAUACUGUGCCACCGGCAGCCCAAACAUCACGGACAAGUCCAAAAACUGGCCCCAACGUCGCAACUGGAGGUGUUCGUCAGGUUCUAAUUUGUGGAUGUUCUCUCUCGCCCGCCACUAAGGAUCGGGUCCAGCCGAACUGCUCCAAUUAAACAAUCGCUUUCUUG